CUGACUGGCAGCACUGCUGGGCUGCACUGGUGGGUGGCACUGGUGGGCAGCACUGGUGGGUGGGCACAGGUGGGUGGCACAGGUGGGUGGCACUGGUGGGCACAGGUGGGUGGGCAAAGGUGGGUGGCACUGCUGGGCACAUGUAGGUGGCACUUCUGGGCACAGGUAGGUGGCACUGCAGAGUGGCACAGGUGGGUGCACUGCUGGGCACAGGUGGGUGCACUGCUGGGCACAGGUGGGUGAUCUGCUGGGCACAGGUGGGCGGAGCUAGUGGGCGCACUGCUGGGCACAGGUGGGCGGAACUUGCGGGUGGCACUGCUGGGCACCGAUCAUCAGGGCACUGAUCAUCCCCGCUCUGACAACUGCCGGUUCUCGGCACGUGUCAUUGGACACCGCUGAUCAGGUGGUAAAAGGCCUCUGUG